CUUUUUAAGUAUAUAUAGCAACGAGUCAUCGGCCAUCUCCUGAGUCAUCAGGGCAGGGACCCUCAAUGGACCUUCUAUCCUAAAACCGUGCAAGUGUGGAACCAUAUGUCCAAAUAGUUUGCAAUGUUCUUCUUGCUAAUUUUAACCCUGUGCGGUGAUUUUUUCCUACUUGAAAGCCAAGCGAGCAAGACCGCAACCGGAGUUUUUGAUCCGUGGGGAACUUUGGAUGAGCUUCUGUGAUGCAAAACGUAUGUGGCGUCCCCCAUGAAAACACGGCAGCGUUCACGUUAAACCUGGUCAAGCCUCAACUGGUUCUAAUGGGACAAAAUUUUUGUUGAGAGCUUAGGAUCUACACGCCGUCAACCAUCGUCUAUUGCAGUGAGAAGUUGUUGAUCAAAGACCUAGUCAUCAGAGUGUUCGCCUCAGCUGAUUUGCUCAAAGGUGACACCCUCAUUAUCAGGAAGACGUUUAUAGUGAAGCACUGUUCCUGUCGUUAUGGCUGAUGAUACUCUUUAUAUUACACCGCACGAGGCGGCGCUUGCUGUUGUGGCUACUUCGAUGAAAAAGGCCAGAUUGAGACUGGAUACACUUAUAGUGAAUGCCAUCGCUGCUGGCAUCUUGUUCUCUGCCGGUGGUAUGUUAGCGCUGCUGUCAGAAGCUGAGAACCCGGUGCUCAUGAAUACAAAUCCAGGUAUUGUCCACAUGUUGCAAGGUGCAAUGUUUCCCAUCGGUCUGUUCUAUGUUGUGAUUAUGGGUACAGAGCUGUUCAACUCGAACAUUCUAUACUUCACAGUUGGCGUAUGCCGUGGUGCUGUGACUAUAGUUGAUUUACUCAUCUCGUGGACCGUGACUUGGUUCAUCAACUUGGGAGCAACGCUCUUCGUCGUGUACGUCAUUUGCCACUGGUCAGGAGUCACUCAAUCAACGCUUUUUGUCGAGGGCUCUAUAAGAUUAGCAAAUACAAAGAUGAGUGGGAGCUUCGCUCAGCAGUUCAUAAGGGGUUGUGCCGGUAACUUUUGUGUUUGUCUUGCGGUUUAUUUACAGCUGCUGGCUAAGCCAGUUCAUGUUAAGUUCUUCUUGAUGUUCUUACCGAUCUUUACCUUCGUCACAAUGGGGUUCUUUCAUUGCGUUGCAGACAUGUUUACAAUCCCAGCGGGGAUGUUUAACGGUGCAGAUAUCACGGUUGGCCAAUAUAUACUGAAAGGCUUAUUUGCAGAAACUUUGGGAAACAUAGUUGGAGGAGCAGCAUUCUCUAUACUUAUACCGUUUUACCUACACUUGGUUGUUGUUGAAAGAGAUAGAGACCAACUGAACUUGCCAAAGUAUGAAGUUAAAGAUGAACAACCUGAAUUGCAAUUCGAUUCCAGAGUGGUUAGAGUACCAACUCCUUCGGACUCAUCCACUGAUUCUUCAGAGGAGAAUGAAAAGGAUGAGGAUGUUAACCCAACAGCUUAUAGACCUGACGAUGAAGAAGAAGCUGUCCAACAUCAACUUCUAGACAGACGUCUGAGCAAGACGAGGACGAUGGAUUCUCGUAGAAGCUCAAGAUCAAGAACUUCGUCAAAACUAAGAUCACCACCAGGUGUUUUCCCUGUCAUGGGAAUGGGUAAGCCGUUGUACAAGGAAUCAGAAAUUGCAGGAGAAGCACCUAGAAGUUUGGAUGCGGAAGUUGAAGGUGAUUAUCCACAGUCGUUGGAAAGUGAAUCGAUAGCAUCUGGCGCCAGUCUUAGAGAGAUACAAGAGGACGAAGAAAGGGAGUAUAACGGCUAUAAUGCUCGUGCAAACAGUAUGGGUGGAACUCUAUUAAGAGUUAUGACCCAUCGUCCAGCUCCAUCAACAAACCAUAGUGAUUUGGAAAGAGGGUUGAGACCAGUACAAUCAGCUUCGCAACCUCGUAAAGCAAGUUCUGGAGCCUCACUUUUCAGAACACUAUCCAGAAGCAUAACAUCUAUAUCUGGUAAACAUGACUCUGCAAGGGAUAUUGCAAACAAUUUACAAAAAUAUGGGGUCACUCCUCAUGCUGCUAGAGCAUCAGACAAUAUUGCAGGCAUGGACAAUUACAACAUGAGAGACAUGAGAAGGGCACACGCUGAACCAUCUGAGAGAAAAGAAGACGCACACAGUUCGAGAAGAAACUCCAGUAACCCGGAUCGUCUAAGUCCAAACACUUCAAGAAUUGAUACGGAAUUGGCACCAAGAGAGUCCGAUGAAGAUAGAGAGGAUGAACCUUCAAUAAGGUCCUCAGAAGACAGCGAAACUGAUGAUCCUUCGGGAAAGACACUGGCCUAAGCUUUGGUCCAUGACCUAAUGAACUUACACAAAAUACAGAACAACUACUUGCAUCAGUAUAGACUACGAUUUUCUUUUAUAUUCAGGAAUCAUAAAUCUAUACAACUUUGAUUUCAA